GAAUUGUGAAUGCGUGUUGUCGAUCGACUUAACCUUGAUUUCGCCGAAUUUUUCACACGCAUCUAGAUAGAGAAAUUUCGAAUGCUCGAAGCUGUGUAUAAUUCUUUGAGAAAUCUGGAAAAAACGAGAUAUAUAUACGCAUGACGAAAGACGUUGCUGAGAAAAGUUUUUCGUUUCUAGAACGAAAUAGCGUUUCGUGAAUGAUCAGCUAAUUGAAUGCAUUGUCUAGAAGUUCUCAAGGUGGUGUGUUACCAAAAAUCAAGAAAAUGUUUAAGAAAUUCGACGAAAAGGACAGUGUUUCUGGCGUUCAACAAUUGAAGUCGUCUGUACAGAAAGGAAUCCGUGCAAAGCUCUUAGAGUUGUAUCCUCACCUAGAGAGCCAUAUAGAUGUUAUAAUACCAAAGAAAGAUGCUUUUCGCAUUGUGAAAUGCCAUGAUCAUAUAGAGAUCAUAGUGAACACAGCAGGAGAUCUGUUAUUCUUUCGCCAACGUGAGGGCCCAUGGAUGCCUACUUUGAGAUUACUACACAAGUAUCCAUUCUUCCUUCCAAUGCAACAAGUAGAUAAAGGUGCCAUUAGGUUUGUUCUUAGCGGUGCAAAUAUAAUGUGCCCUGGCUUAACGUCAAAGGGUGCGAAGAUGAUGGCUGUGGAUAAAAAAACAGUUGUCGCCGUUAUGGCUGAGGGCAAGCAACAUGCAUUAGCUGUUGGAAUUACAACAUUGUCAACAGAAGAUAUCAUCAAGGUGAAUAAAGGAGUAGGCAUCGAAAAUUGUCAUUAUUUGAAUGAUGGACUUUGGCAAAUGAAACCAGUGAAGUGAGACUAAUUGUACU